AUGUUCGGCCUUGCAGGAAAAAGGACCGCUCUCGCCCGGUCUAAGUGUCUGACACCGAGAUCACUCCCAGUUCGCGCUGCGGCGGUCACUCAGUCACCUUGCACCAACACCAGAGAAUUCCGCGCAACGCCGACGAAAGAGGCGUUCAGGCCGACAUGGAUGCCAAUGCGGGUCAAGACUCCUUGGAUCGAAGCCUUAACUCGGAGUCGUGAGGCUGAGCGUGAAUCAAAGGCGGGUGUGUCGCCGCCAACGCCUGUCAAGCCGGAUCUCACGCCGAAGAAGAUGUCCGACAGUUACUAUAGUGCGAUUCUGCCAUUAGCUCAAGAUAAGUGGCUUUUGGAUACCUAUCUCAAUGCCUCAGGGCAUAUUCGACUUGGAUCAUUGGUCAUGGACCUUGACGCCUUGGCUGGAGUUAUUGCGUACCGCCAUACCGGUGAUGGUGUUAGCACUGUGACUGCUGCCGUGGACCGAAUCACGAUCGAGCACCCCCUUAUGGAAAUCUGUGAUCUCGAGCUUAGCGGUCAAGUCUCCUAUGCCACGGGGCGAUCCAGUAUGGAGGUCUCCGUGCAGGUUUGCAAGGCGCGCCCGGAAGGACAGCCUGCGCAGCCUGAGGAUGUUUUGAUCACCUGUGCAUUCACGAUGGUUUCUCUGGACCCAGCUACGAAGAAGCCUGUUCCAGUGGCUCCACUGAUUGUCGAGACUGAGGAGGAGAAAGCUCUCUUCAAGAAGGGCGAGGAGAACUAUAUGGCCAAGAAGGCUCUGCGUAAACGCAGCCUUCUCGAAAAGGCACCCGACGAUGAGGAGUCCAACUUGAUUCACUCCAUGUGGACCAAGGAGAUGUCCUAUAUCAACCCCCAAGUUCCCGCCAUCCGCCCAGCAAACCAAAUCUCCAUGAGCGACACCGUCCUCAAAUCAGCUAUGAUCAUGCAACCCCAAGACCGCAACCGCCACAACUUCAUGAUCUUCGGUGGUUUCCUGCUGAAGCAAACCUUCGAGCUAGCAUUCUGUUGCGCCGCCGCCUUCUCACACACCCGCCCCAACUUCCUCGCCCUGGACCCUAGCACAUUCGAGAACCCCGUCCCCGUCGGCAGUGUGCUAUACCUCCGUGCCACGGUGGCCUACACCGAGCCCGAAGAGCGCGAGGGUGGCCACAGUAAGUACACCAAGGUGCAAGUGCGCGUUGACUCGAAGGUGCGGGAUGUGGAGCACGGCACGAAGAAGUCGACCGGCAUGUUCAAUUAUACUUUCCUUGUGGAGAAGGAUGUUGAGGUUAUGCCGAAGACGUAUGGAGAGUUUAUGCUUUGGACUGAUGCGAGACGUCGGGCGAGGAAUGCGGCUGCUAUUGAUCCGGCGCAUAAGACGAGUACGUUGCGGACUAUCCAGGACAGUGUGACUGAGUAG